CGAAUAGAACUGGAUUGAAUACGGAAUGACCCAAUCUAUCCCAUUUUCAAUCUAGUGUAGCGUAACCGUUCGACCAUAAUCGAAAAAUGGUACUUUCGUUGUGUGCUUCGCCCAUCCAAAUUCUGAAUCUUCUCCCGCUACCAACUUUCAGUUCAAGGAAAUGGGAAAAUUGCAGAUUACAAACUGGGAAUUUCUACUCGAUUUACAAUAGUUCCAGAAAUGGUAAGAAAAUCAGUUUGCAAUUGGAUUGUUGUUUGAAAAUGGGUUCGAAUGUUCUGGCAAAUAAGACAAGUAGAGAAUCGAAGUUGGUUUGGAUUUGGACAGAGAAUAAGCAUGUGAUGACAACUGCAGUUGAGAGAGGAUUGAGCACCUUCGUUUUUGAUGUCAAUUCUAAAGAGCUUGCCAAAGACUGGUCUUCAAUUGCAAUGAUAAAUCCUCUAUAUGUCAAAGACGGAGCACUGUUAGACACGGAAAAUAGAAGUGUAGCCUCAUUCUUUGAGAUAUCAUCUCCUCAACAGUUAGACCAGAUGCUUCUUAUUGAUGAGUCUGAGAUCACUGUCAUUCAUUUUCUAGAUUGGCAGGUGAUACCUGCAGAGAACAUCAUUGCAGCUAUCCAAGGAAAUAAAAAGAGAGUUUUAGCUGUGGCUGAAACUUUUUCUGAGGCCCAAAAUUUCCUAGAGGCACUGGAACAUGGUCUCGGUGGCGUUGUUUUGAAAGUUCAAGAUGUUGAAACAGUUCUCCAAUUAAAGGAAUAUCUUGACAGGAAAAGUGAGAGCGGAAAUUGUUUGACACUAAUAAAAGCGAAGGUAAAUCAAGUACAAAUGGCUGGAAUGGGUGACCGUGUUUGUGUGGAUCUCUGUAGCCUUAUGAAACCGGGAGAAGGACUUCUGGUGGGCUCCUUUGCUCGAGGACUUUUUCUUGUUCAUUCCGAGUGCCUGGAGACUGAUUACAUUGCUAGUCGGCCUUUUCGAGUUAAUGCGGGACCUGUGCAUUCAUAUGUUUCUGUUCCCGGUGGAAAGACUUGCUACUUAUCUGAGCUAAAAGCAGGGAAAGAGGUGCUUGUGGUUGACCAGAAUGGACAGCAGAGAACUGCAAUUGUUGGUCGUGUUAAAAUAGAGACCAGACCGUUGGUCCUUGUAGAAGCAAAGGGUAGUGAUCAAACUUCGUACAGUAUACUCCUACAGAAUGCUGAAACAGUUGGUUUUGUUUCCAUUGAUGGAGGACAUUGUUCUGAAAGAAGUGCAGUUUCCGUGACUUCUCUGAAAAUUGGUGAUGAAGUUUUGGUCAAAGUGCAGGGUGGAGCUCGGCACAAUGGGAUAGAGAUUCAGGAAUUUAUUGUAGAAAAGUAAAGAGGUUGAUGAAAAUCUGAGGCAGUUGUCGUGAUUUUGUCAGACUAGUAGUCUUUUAUCCAGCAAUCGUGAGGUAUAUUUUCUGAUUUGGUCCAGUUAGUAAUCUUGACGAGUAUUCUAUUGCAAAGGUUUUUCCCUGAGAAACAUUUAUAUCGUAGCAGAUAGCGCGUGGUGCACCCAGCACAAGAGUGUGCAUGGCCACGUUGCAUGUGUCACUCACGCCUUGACGUCCUGUAAUCAUGACUCCUGAAGAAUAUUUUCAGAGUUGUUAAACUCUUUUGUACUCAUCACAAAUAUUCUAAUUUCAGUAUUUGGUGAUCUCGCAUGAUAGGGCAUGGUGCACCUAGCGGCUAGCACAGAGGUGUGCACCUCAUGUUUGUGUCAUUGUGUGUUGUGUUCACGUUGGAGUCCAAUGAUAUAUUUUGCGAUUUGUUCAACUUUUGGUACUUGUAACGGCUAACAAAGUAGUCUAUUUCUUACAUUUAGUCCUUUUGUUACAUUUAUAUCAUGAUCACACAUGAUAAGGCAUGGUGCACCCAGCUCGGGGGUGUGCAUUUGUCACGCGUUGAUCGUGAGUUAUAGAUUUA